CAAUAAUACGAGAGAGAGCUUUUUCACUGGAAGAAGAGUGCAAAGAACUCUUAAAACUUUGCAUAAUUUAUUGAAAGAUGUUAACGAAGAAAGGAGCAUACAAGUUGCUGAAGAAUGUGCAUUUUCCAGGGGAGGAGAAUACCCUCCGAGACCUCAAGUUAGCGGCAGCCGGCAAACAGUCUCGUCGGGCUCUAAUCCGUCAGAAGACACCAUCGGCAGAACGUAGCUCAGCAGCCGUCAUUGAACUCCAGCGAGUAUGGAGAGGCUACUGGACCAGGUGUCGCCUCUUUGAAAUCUUGAAUCCGACGAUCAGCACUCGGGUUCACCAGACAGGAAGUCGCUUUGUAAACAGCGAGCAAGGGCUGAGGGAUGUCCGGACCACGCCCUCCAAAUCCCCCGAGAAAUCGAUGUCAAAGGUCACACAUAUCCCAUCCAAGGAGUCUAUUCACAGUAAGGUGUCGACUGUUAAAACCGUCAGUGCUCGGCAGCGACUCGAAGGAUACUAUGAGAAAUACUGCCAUCGCAAGAAGACAAAAGGGGAAACAGACAUCAUAUCGUUUGAAGAGUUCUGCGCCCACUACAUCCAGAAUUGGUGGCACCGGAUCCAACGCCAGCGCUCCGUGCUCAGCACGGGGCAGCCCCACCAAGGAGUCCAGUCGGUCACCAUCUCCCUCUCGCCAGAGCCGAGCCGGAAGGGCGUGCCGCUGAUGUCCGUCAAGAUGCAACCCAAGAAGAAAGAGAAGAAGAAAAAGAAGAAGAGGACGUACCCGUUGGAUCCCAAAGAAGCUGCCAAGAUGAUACAGCGAGCUUGGAGGAGGCACAUUGAUGUGCAGGUCUACCGUUACUACCGUGACCUCAUCAACUUCCGUUGCCGUGGCGAUCCUAGCAUGAUGCUGCGCUGCAUCAAUCCAAAGGAGGCUAAGCUCUUGGACGCGGCGGCAGGCAUCCACAUCAAAUUCCGGCUCGCUGGCGAGCGUUUCCCGCCCAACAUCUACUACAAGAUCUACACUCACCGCAACGUGGUGGACAUGUGCGCCAACAGCCCUAAGGACUACACGGCAGCACCGGCAAAGCGACGCGCAGCAAAAGACGUCCACAACAACAACGUGAAUGCCGGCAAGAGCCACGGGGACGAGAGAGAGGGGUGGUACAAGAGGAUGGAGAACAACGGGUGGAGGCUGGUAUCGGACAGGUUGUUACUUCGGCCGGAGCAGGACCCGGUCACAUGGGAGACCAGUAACAAGAAAGUGGACUUCCAUCACGCCAAGCUACAGAGGAGGCAAGACGUUGAGAAGAAGAAGAAGCAACGCAAAGUGGAAUGGAUGAAGAAAAUGUAUCGCGAAGGCAUGCUUCAGGCCAAGACCGAAGACUCGGACACCAAGUCGCUGGUAGAGGGCGCCGCAGCUGGCAUGGUGGCCGCCAUUGAGAGCCAGGGGUCAGAGGUCGUGGAGGAGUGGGAGGUCGACGAACUCUUGGAAUGGACCAGCGGCCUGAACUUUGACGAUUAUUUGUCAUCGUGGAAAGAGCUAGCUACAAGUUCCGGCUCAGAGAAAUUUGUUGAAGAACGAUUAAAGUUUGAAACGACAAGCAGAGAUCCCUACGAGUUCAGCAUAACUGUAGACGCCAUGCCGACGCCGUCCAGACUAACCUCUCUCCAGCCGCCAAAGACGUCGCCAGCAGUCUCCGUGCAGUAAAGCAAGUACUGAUUUCUAUAUUAUUAGUAUAGACUCAGCCUUGAUGUGGAGGCUAAGCCUUCAAACACUGAUUGGUCCUUCCAUCUUUGGGUACAGUGCUGAGAUUGCAACACCAAAUAUGGCCUUGUUUUUAGGGUUUUUUCUAAAAAUUGUAAUAGAGAAAGGAAAACCUUUUGUUCCCAGCAAUUUGAAGGGAUUUCGUUCUUUCUUUGUUUUCAAAUUUAUGUUGAUGCAAAUCUAUGUCCAUAUAAUUUGUUCCAUUUCAUAUUAUUUUUUUGAAAAUUGAUUUACACUCUUAUUGCCAUUCAGUUUUUUUAUGAUUAAUUUUAAUUUAAGGGUUAAAAAAUAUCCCAACUGAUAAACAAUUUGAAAAUACACAGAAAGACUCGGAGACAGCUUAUAAAAAAUCUUGACAUCAGGCUUUUUAAGGAUUAUUUCGGAGUAUCGAAGUUUGGGUCUACUAAAUUACCCUCUUACACGUAUUUUUUGUUUUUUGUGUGUGUGGGGGGGCUCCAUUUUUUUUUAUUAAAAAUGUUUGAUUGUACAUGUAUUUAUUUAUAUUUAAUUUCACAAGGAAUAUUUUGGUUUGUAUAUAAUCAUUCUGUUCACUAAAAUCUGUACAAUAUUGUGUAUGCUUCCUUCGUCCACGGCAAAAGUGAAAAAAGUAAUAAAUGUUUUUCUAAAAUUAAACAUCUAAAUAUCAAACAGAAAUCUUUAGAAAAUGUCUGUUUCUUUUGUAAAUGUUCACGUAACGUCAGUCAGUGAUUGUUAAUAACAUUUUGGUAAAUGAUCUCAAUCACUUUUGUUUUCAAAAGAGACCAUUUUGAACAAAUUUGAAAUAAUUUUUGGAGGAAGUAUAACAGUUAGUCACCAAACAAAAAGACAAACACCCCAACAAACCAACAGACAGACAAACACCCCAACACCCACCCAACCAACAAACAAACCAGAAGUGCAUGUGAGCAUCAACCAAGAAAAUGACACAGCGUUUGACAGAAUGUGUUUUUUAAAAGAGCGAGAUGUUUUAUUGCGAGCGAGAAGAGACAAAAAAUAUCAAGCCAGGUCCUUGUUUUUAACUGCACCUACAAAGGUGCUCGUUGUAACCCAGGCCCCUGUUUAAACUGCACCUACAAAGGUGCUGGUUUUAACACAGGCCCCUGGUUAAACUGCACCUACAAAGGUGCUCGUUUUAACCCAGGUCCCUGGUUAAACUGCACCUUCAAAGGUGCUGGUUUUAACUCGGGUCCUUAUUUUAACUGCACCUACAAAGACUAUCCAUAUUACACAAAGCAUUAUCAUAUACAUAGGAAGAGCAUGCAAAAAACUCAUUAGCAGCAAAUUUAUAGAUUAUCUCAUCUUUGUAAGAAACACAGGGAUCUAAUACACAAUGCAUCAUCUUUCAUGAGUGUUUAUAAUUUAUCUCGAGACUAUAUUACAAGUCAGUGCGCAGGAAAAAUAGCCGAUAUCAACUUCUACGUGCCUCCAACUCAUUAAUAGUGCAUUAAUACUUUGGGAAGACAUAAGCAAGCAAUUUAAGCAUUACCCAAAGAAAAUUCUAUAAAAAUUACGUGCUGUGUACUACUCACCAUGCUUUUUUUACAAACUGAACUCUUUUUUUUACUAUUUUAUUCUAAAGUCUUUAAUAAAAUACAAUCACUGAAGCGUGAAGUUCCUCAUAAAUUAAAUUUACUGCUUUUUUUUUUGCUGGUUCUGAACUGGAAAAAUGGUGAUCGUUACAUGUGAUGGUUCAAUAAAUUCAUCAUAACUUUAGAACAGUGCGACACUUUCUCUGUUUGAGGGAACAGGUUUAAAAAUUGUGAUCAUCUAGGAUAUGAAAUUCCCAAACUUCAUUCAAUAUCAAAAGGAAGUGUAAUUUAGAGUCCAAAAACUGUUUGUUUUUUGGGGUUUUUUGUUUGUUUUUUCAUUUCAAUUUUUUGAAUGUGCCUCUUUCCUCCAGUAAUGAUGAACUUACCUCCCAAUUUGCAGAAAUUGUGAAAGCAUUUACCCAAAAAGGUAACAUACGUUUGCUUAUUUGGGGGUGUUUAUGCCAAAAUUUAUUUUGCUAUAGCUAGGUUGAUUUUCAAACCAGGCACUUUUUUUUAAGAUACCAGUUUGUCACUGGUGAAUUCGCAAACCAGUCAGCAAAUGGGAAAAUGGUGUGUGUUAGCUGAAAAGGUGAAUGCAUCAAAAGCACAGGGGUGCAUUGAAAAGUUCUUAAGCUUUUAAGCUUUCUAAACUGGUACAAUAACCAUAUUUAGAUGAAACUUUUUUUUUUGAUACUCUUUGGCAACAGAAAAGGUGCUUUUCAAAUUAUUAUGAAUGCUAGUUUUAAUGGAAGUACUGAGAGCACUUAAGUACAAGUUCUUACAGUCAGAUGAAACUACAAAGAAGUCAUUAAAGGGUCGUAUGUUUAUUGCCUGCAAUUGUUUCAAUUGUUGUCAUGCAUCUACAAGCUUUCAAAACAGUGUUUAAUUCAGGAAUAACUUAAAUAUUCUCCUUGCUUCUCCCCAAUUCCAUUUCCUCUUGUUUAAUAAACA